AUGUCCGUGCUCUGCCGAGGCCGUCGCUGCGCUGCGUCUCUCGCGCGCCACCCGCCACGUCCGCUCGCGCCCGCUCGUGCUCAUCUCCUCCGUCCCCUCUUCAAGUCGAAGCUGUCCACUUGGCCGCGUCUCGUCCCGCACCAAGCGCUGAAUCUCUACGCUCGCGCCCGCGCUCUCGCCCGCGCUCACGUCGCGUAUGAAGACUGGGGCCGACGCAACGCGCAGCUGCUGCGCGUCUAUCCCCGUGUAUUAGCCACGUCUCAAUCGUCUACAGCGGAGAAGGAGUCGCUGCUCGAGACACUGCGUCGCCUCCUGCGCGUCGCGCGGCAUUUCGCCAAAUUACUGGGACUUGCGCUGCCAUUGGCGCUGUUGGCUCCUCUGGCGGUCGCAGGCGGCAAAGUGCUGCCUGUGUUGACGACCCGAUGGUGGGAACUGGCGCUCUAUCUUGCUCAGUUCUCGUCACCUACGGUGAUGAAGUUCUUGCAGUGGGCGAGCACUCGUCGCGACAUGUUCCCCGCGUCGUUUUGUGACCGGUUUGAAGCGUUCCAUGAACACGCGCCCAUGCAUUCGUGGACCCAGACGCAAGAUGCAUUAAAAACAGCGUUUGGCGAAGCCUGGAUCGACGUGCUGGAGCUGGACGAACACGCGAUUGGCUCGGGCUGCAUUGCCCAGGUCUAUCGCGGUCGCAUCAAAGCGACGAACCAAGACGUGGCGGUGAAGGUGAUUCAUCCACAUGUCAAGGAACUAGUGGCAAUGGAUUUGCAACUAUUGCAUGGAUUUGUCACGAUGCUGGAGACCAUACCGACGCUGCAGUGGCUCGGCGGGAAGGAUAGUGUGACGGAGUUUGCGUCGCUCAUGGAACGUCAGCUGAACUUGCGUGUUGAAGGCGAAAACCUCGCGCUGUUCAGCAAACACUUUCGCAAUCGAAAGGGACUUCGAUUCCCUGUCCCGCUCAUGGACUACACGACGGAAAACGUGUUGGUCGAGAGUUUUGAAGACGGAUUGCACUUCAGUGAGAUUCUGUCGCAAAUGGAGCCACCGCGCCGGAAAGCAGUGGCGCGUGUCGUCCUCGAAGCAUACCUCCGUAUGGUAUUCUUGGACAAUUUUGCGCACGGGGAUCUGCACCCGGGCAACCUUUUGUUUGAUGAACAAAGUACGGGGGGAAACGCCCGCAGGUCACGCUCUGAAGCCAUGCGGAACGCGGGUGUCGUGGUCAUUGAUGCUGGGAUCGUGACGAAGCUAGAGCAACAAGAUUUGCGUAAUUUCGUAGAAUUGUUUUACGCAGUCGCAACAGGUAAUGGGUACAAAGCCGGCGAGCUCAUCGUGUCUCGCAGCAGGGGAAGUAGCGUGGGGCCAAACGGGGACCUAGUGCCAGCGAAGUGCAAGGACAUCGAGUCGUUUUGCACAGGGAUGGAAAAAAUUGUACACGAAGCAGUGAGCUGGCGGCUCAACUUGAAGAAUGUGCACGUCGGAGCCCUGCUCCGCCAAGUCAUGGAGCUCUGUUGUACCCACGAAGUGAAGCUUGAGGGCAAGUACGCGUCCAUUGUGAUUUCUAUCGCAGUCUUGGAAGCAAUUGGCAGAAAGCUGGAUCCGGACAUCGAUAUACUGGCCGUCGCGCUUCCGAUCAUUACGCAGUCACUCGUGAAGAACGUACUGAGUUGA